GUACACUAGUAUAUGUAAGCUGAUCUAGAUUCUAGAUCUAGGUACUAAGACUAAGUCCUAGGAUUAUUUUUAUAACCAAUCAAGAAUCUACUUAUAUAUUUGAACCGAAGACGGAUUACACUUAUCUAUAUCUAGAGAUUCCAACGUCGGUCUUAAAAUACUGUCAAGUAUGAGGUGGUUUCAAGAGGGGAUCCCCAGUGCCAUUCAGGCAGCCAAAGCUCAAAAGUCUGUAUUUAUUGUUUUUAUCUGUGGGGAAGAUGAAAAAUCCCAAGAAAUGGAGUCCUACCUACACAAAGAUGAUGUCACACAACUGUGUGAGGAGAACAGAUGUGUUGCCAUCAAACUUACAUCUAAUGGCAAUGAGAUAAAGUUUUUUUCCCAGAUAUAUCCUGUUGUUGUUAUCCCUUCUACAUUUUUUAUUGGAGACACCGGUGUUCCUUUGGAGGUGAUUGGAGAGUGCAAGUCUCAUGAGGAUUUUCUUUCAAAAGUUAAAAAUGCCAUAGACCUCCAGAAGAAAUCUUCAGCGUCUGUGGGUGAACCAGUGCAAUCCACGUCCCAAGCAUCACCACCAACACAGGAAGUCAAGGGUGCCAUACAAACUGCUGUUGAGGCUGAUGUCGCAGGUGCAUCAGGUGGGAGGGAAGAUGACACAGGAGAAGAGAGUGGAGGUCCAUCAGAAAGUCUUGAGGCCAGGAUGGAGAAAGCAAGAUUGUUGUUGGAAGAAAAGAAAAGAGAAAAGAUGAGAAAAGAGGCUGAGGAGGAGAGAAGACGAGAAUUAGAGAGGAGAAAUGUUGGUCAGGGAGUACAGAAGUUGAGGGAGAAACAAAAAGAAGUUGAGAUUCUGGAGGCCAAGAAGGAACUGAAGAAAGACAGAGAUGAAGAGAAGUUGGCCAGACAGAGAGUCAAAGAUGAGAUAGAGAGAGACAGACAAGAGAAGGCUGCAAGAUUUGGGAAGGACAAAGCUGCCCAAUCACAGGCUGAGGAAGAAGCUAGGAAGAAAAAAUUAAAAGAAAAACAAGCAGCUGAAGCCAUGGAACAGGCCAGAAGAAGUGAUAUAGCUAGGAUACAGUUCCGCCUCCCUGAUGGCUCCUCUGUGACCCAGCAGUUCCCAGCAACUGAAAGGUUUGCCACCCUGCACCAGUUUAUCACACAGCAUAUGGGAACUACUGUAAGCCUCUCAAUGGCUUUUCCAAGAAGAACAUUCACACCAGAUGACCACAACUUGACCUUACAGGAACUACAGCUGGCACCAUCAGCUGUCAUACUUGUUAUUCCUGGUGGUAUCUCAACCUCUGAGGUCAGAAGCUCAAGCCCCCUCCUGAGUGUCAGCAGGAUGUCCAGCUUUGUCCUGGCACCAUUCUUCUACAUCUGGCAGUUCCUGUCUGCAAUCUUUGGUUUCUCCUCACAAACCAGGCGGCCAAACAUGUCUGUUCAACUUCAGUCUACUGCUACAGGGGGCGAGAGGAACCAACGCAAUGCACAGAAAAGGCCAGCAAGUUCAUCAAGUUCCAGACAAGAAGGCCCCAUCACAAGGUUCAGAAAUUCCCAAGAUGACGAUAAGGAUGAUGAUGGCAACACAUGGAAUGGCAACUCUACCCAGCAGAUGUGAAUAGUGUUGGCCUGCAUUUUAUUUUCAUAUGCCUGAAUUUAAAUUAUUAUUUUGCAGUUUAACUUAUGAUCAGUUAAUUUUGGAGCUGUGGUAUUCUUUUUAACUAAAUAAAGAUCCCAAAAUUA